GAGGCGGAGCGAGGCCAAAAUGGCGGCUCUCAGGCUGGCGCGCUCGGUGCUGCCGGGGCUUUGAGGUGGUCGCCUCUGAGGGUCGGGGUUGGGAGGCGGGAGAGGGCCGGUGUCCCCGCCGCGGGGCGCGGGGCGGAGGGGUCCCCCCCUCCCCCGAGGAUGAACCCGAGGCUCCGCUGAGGCCCGGCGGCGGGGGGCUGGAGCGCGGCGUCCGCGAGGGCUGCGGCGGCGGCGGCGCCCGUCCACGCAGCGGGAUGUGCGAGAGUUACUCCCGGUCGCUGCUGAGGGUCUCGGUGGCGCAGAUCUGCCAGGCGCUGGGCUGGGACUCGGUGCAGCUCAGCGCCUGCCACCUCCUCACCGACGUGCUGCAGCGCUACCUGCAGCAGCUGGGCCGGGGCUGCCACCGGUACUCGGAGCUCUAUGGCCGAACAGACCCAAUUUUGGAUGAUGUUGGUGAAGCUUUCCAACUUAUGGGGGUCAGUCUGCAUGAACUAGAAGACUAUAUUCACAAUAUUGAACCGGUCACCUUCCCACAUCAAAUUCCUUCAUUUCCUGUUAGCAAGAACAAUGUACUUCAGUUUCCUCAGCCUGGAAGUAAAGAUGCAGAAGAAAGAAAGGAGUACAUUCCUGAUUACCUACCACCCAUUGUGUCUUCUCAAGAAGAGGAAGAAGAAGAGCAGGUGCCUACUGAUGGGGGUACAUCAGCUGAAGCCAUGCAGGUUCCCUUGGAGGAAGAUGACGAACUGGAGGAGGAGGAAAUCAUUAAUGAUGAGAACUUCUUGGGCAAGAGGCCACUGGACAGUCCUGAAGCUGAAGAAAUGCCGGCCAUGAAGCGACCACGACUGUUAAGCACUAAAGGGGACACACUAGAUGUAGUAUUAUUGGAAGCUCGAGAGCCUCUCAGCUCAAUAAAUACACAAAAGAUCCCACCAAUGCUUUCCCCAGUCCACGUGCAAGACAGUACAGACCUAGCACCUCCUUCACCAGAGCCACCAAUGUUAGCUCCAGUGGCAAAAUCCCAAAUACCAACUGCAAAACCAUUAGAAACAAAGACAUUCCCACCUAAAGCAAAGACUAAAACUACUUCUCCAGGACAGAAAAGUAAAUCCCCUAAAACCGCCCCUUCACCAGCAAUGGUCGGAAGUCCUAUUCGGUCACCAAGACCUGUUUCCAAAGAAAAAAAAUCACCUGGACGUUCUAAGAGCCCCAAAAGUCCCAAGAGCCCCAAGAUUACCACUCAUAUUCCCCAACCACCUGUCAGACCUGACACACCAAAUAGGACUCCUUCAACUCCAGUAAGUGAAAAACUUAGUAAAGAAAUCACCCAGGUAAAACAAACACCACCUCCCCCCGACACUGGGAAACUGAAUAAUGACACUCAGCCGAGAAAGGCUUUGGUAACAGAUAAAACUAUCGAUGACUCUAUAGAUGCCGUGAUUGCCCGAGCCUGUGCUGAACGUGAGCCAGAUCCUUUUGAAUUUUCUUCUGGAUCUGAAUCUGAAGGAGACAUUUUUAUGAGCCCUAAGAGAAUUUCAGGUUCAGAGUGUACCACUCCCAAAGCAUCUACUUCCUCAAACAAUUUCACUAAGGCAGGAUCCACUCCUCUGCCUCUUUCAGGUGGAACUUCUAGUUCUGAUAACUCAUGGACGAUGGAUGCCUCCAUCGAUGAGGUUGUACGCAAGGCAAAACUGGGAACACCUUCCAAUAUGCCUCCUAGCUUUCCUUACAUCUCCUCUCCUUCAGUUUCUCCUCCCACUCCUGAACCUCUCCACAAAGUGUAUGAAGACAAAACCAAGACACCCUCAUCAGUGGAAGUAAAAAAGAAGCUGAAGAAAGAGCUGAAGACUAAAUUGAAAAAGAAGGAAAAGCAGAGAGAUAAAGAGAGGGAAAAAGACAGAAGCAAAGAAAAAAGUAAAGACAAGGAUAAGGUGAAAGAGAAGGAGAAAGAGAAAGAAGCUGGCAAGGAAACAAAGUACCCAUGGAAGGAGUUCCUUAAAGAUGAAGAUUCGGAUCCCUAUAAGUUUAAAAUAAAAGAAUUUGAAGAUGUUGAUCCAAAAGUGAGAUUGAAAGAUGGAAUUGUGCGGAAGGAGAAAGAAAAGCAUAAAGACAAGAAGAAAGAUAGAGAAAAGGGCAAACGAGAUAAGGAGAAGAGAGAAAAAGAAAAAGCAAAGGAUAAAGGGAGAGAAGAUAAGACAAAGGCUCUACCGGCACCACUGGUAUUGCCCCCGAAAGAGAUGGUACUGCCCCUGUUCAGCCCUGCUGCAGUGAGGGGCCCCUCCAUGCUGCCUGCCCUGUCGCCAAUGCUCCCAGAAAAACUGUUUGAGGAGAAGGAGAAACCUAAGGAGAAAGAAAGGAAAAAAGACAAAAAGGAGAAGAAGAAAAAGAAAGAGAAAGAGAAGGAAAAGGAGAAGAAAGAAAAGGAAAGGGAGAAAGAGAAAAGAGAGAGAGAGAGGAGAGAAAAAGAAAAGGAGAAACACAAGCAUGAAAAAAUAAAAGUAGAACCAGUGGUUCCAGCCCCAAGUCCAGUCAUCCCCAGAUUGACUCUGCGAGUUGGUGCUGGCCAAGACAAGAUUGUCAUCAGCAAGGUGGUUCCAGCCCCGGAGGCUAAGCCAGCCCCUUCUCUGAAUAGACCCAAAACCCCACCACCAGCCCCAGCCACGGUUCCUGUGCACGUGAACCCCACCCCCCUGCCACUCCUCGCCCAGGCUGCAGCAUGUCCAGCUCUGGUGCCCUCCCCAUCCCCUGCCAUCUCUGGGGCAGGAAGCUCCAAGGCCCCUGUGAGAAGCGUAGUGACUGAGACAGUCAGCACUUACGUGAUCCGAGAUGAGUGGGGCAAUAAGAUCUGGUUCUGCCCUGGGUGCAACAAGCCUGAUGAUGGGAGUCCAAUGAUUGGCUGUGACGGCUGUGAUGACUGGUACCACUGGCCCUGUGUUGGACUAAUGGCUGCCCCCCCAGAAGAGAUGCAGUGGUUCUGUGCCAAGUGUUCUGCCAACAAGAAGAAAGAUAAGAAGCACAAGAAAAGAAAGCACCGAGCUCACUGACAGCUCCUGGAGGCUGGACCACGCAGGAUCAGCAAAGGCUGCCUGCUGCCUCCCUGGUGCCUCUGGACAGAGCUAGUGUGGUUCUGCCAUCCCAUUGCCCCCAGGCCUUGGAUAAGGAAUCGGUGAAGAUAGAGGACAAGAACAUGCCAUCCACUCUGCCUUCCCUUCUGAAACACUCGGAGGUUCCACAGUGGCGUGACUGAAGAAAACUCCAGAAGGGGCGUGGCCUGAGGGCUGCCCACCUCCAUUUUUCUAUUACCAGUGACAAGUAUUAAUAAAAGAGACCAUACAUCUUCCCUUUUGCUUUUCUUUAUUCUCUCCAGGGCCUUUUCUUAAGGUGUAAGAUGAGAAGAUAAUGUAUAAACUGCCUUGACUCUAAUUUAAGGAUGGUAUCAUUAGUCUGUAUACAGCUUUCAACCCCUUUCCCUCUAGAGUAAAAUAAUCAUAAUAACAUAAAAGAAAACUCCACUUGGGAUAUUGGUAAAUAUUUUUGUGAUGAGAAUAUAUGAAGCUUCCCCCCAACCCUGUUUUUAGUACUAACAUGUAAAAUGUUUGGGCUUUUGUGAAAUACCUUAUAUUUUUUAAGAAAAAGGUUUCUAUCAUGUCCUCUUUGCUUCUGUGCAAAUUAGUUUUGUUUAACCUAUUUGAUAUCUUUGUUGCAUUCUAAUUUCGCCCUUCUUUAAACUGCUGGAGUCUCUUCUCACUGCUUGUACAUUUCAUCAACUUGUAUAGAGAAAAACUUCAUACUAAAAAAAAUUCUCCUAAUGUAAAUAAUAAAUAUUUAUGAAGUAGUUAUUUUUUAAAUUUU